AUGUGGGCUGUAUUCGUCACCGUUCUCUCCUUGAUUUCCAUGAGCUGUUCAGCUCCUCUGGACUGUGAACAGUUGGUCCGGCCCUUGGCUCAACUUGACCCUCUUGCUUCGGUGGGAAGAUGGGCAUUAAUUGCAGGGAGUCUUAAAAAUCCAGCUGCUGAAAGUGCUCUGAGGAAACAGGACAGCAUAGCUAUCGAGAUCAACAACUCUUCAUACAUCCAAGCAAUCUUUCAAGACGACAAAUGCCAAUAUGAUACGCUGGAUGUGUCAGUGGAAGGCAAUGUCUUGAAAUUGAAGGGCAGUUACAACUUUACUUUGACUUUCCAUCACACAUCCUGCUCAGACUGUGCACUUUUUUUGCUGGACGUGCAGGCCUUUAACAACACAACGUCGGAUUUUUAUCUGCUCAGCAAGAGGAGACAGUUGGAGAAGACGGAGUUGGAGGAGUUCAGAACUCAGGUGGAGUGUCUGAAAAUGCCUCCACCUGUUGUGAUGGAUCCUGCCAAAGUUCUUUGUCCAGAGCAGGACACCAACUUGGUUCGCCCUUUAAAUCAACUAGAUCUUCACCGUUUGGAGGGAACGUGGGCUAUGGUUGCUGGCAGUCUGACUCCCGCGUUGCCUCAGAGUGCUUCUGUGAAAUUCUUCAGCAACACCAGCGACAGCAACAUUUCCUACACGCUCAGCAUCCGUUUACAUGGCAAGUGCCGUUACACUUCCUUCAACAUCACCCUGGAAGGCAGCAGCUUCACCUUCGACGGGACGGAUAAAAGCAACCUGAGCGCGAGCUUCGUCCACACGUCGUGCCCUGACUGCAUGCUGAUGUCCACCAGCUACAACUCGGGGCAGAGGCGGCACCUUUACCUGCUCAGCAAGAGAAGACAGGUGGAGGAGGCAGAGGUGGAAGAGUUCAGAGCUCAGGCAAAAUGCUUGAAUUUGUCUCCACCCGGUGUGAUGGAUCCUACCGAAGAUCUUUGUCCAGAGCAGAAGACCAUAAACAUGAUUUGGGCUGUGUGUGCUGUCACUCUUGUCUGCUUGGUGUCCGUGGGCCAUUCUUCUUCCUUGGCCUGUGAGGAGUUGGUUCGCCCCUUAGAUCAAUUGGAUCCUCGUCAUUUGGAGGGAACGUGGGCUUUGGUCGCUGGCAGUCUGAGUCAACUUCCAUUUCUCGAGCGAUUCAAACAGAGAGACAGUGCUUCUGUGAAAUUCUUCAGCAACACCAGUGACAGCAACAUUUCAUACACUCGCAGCCUCCGUUUGGAAGGCAAAUGCCGUCACAGUUCGUACAACAUCACCCUGGAAGGCAGCAGCUUCACUUUUGACGGGACGGAUAAAAGCAAUCUGAGCGCAAACUUUGUCCACACGUCGUGCCGUGACUGCAUGCUGAUGCGUCUGAACGUCGACUCCGGGGUGAGGCUUCAUUUCUACCUGUUCAGCAAGAGGAGACAGCUGGAAGAGACGGAGAUGGAAGAGUUCAGAACUCAAGUCAAAUGUAUGAACAUGCCUCCGCCUGUUGUGAUGGAUCCGACCAAAGAUCUUUGUCCAGAGCAGAAGACCAGCAAUAUUAUAUUGGCUAUGUCCAUUGUGGUUCUCAUCUGCUUGACAUCUCCGGGCCAUUCCGCACCCUUGGCCUGUGAGGACUUGAUCCGGCCUUCGAAUCAACUCGAUCUACAUCAUUUGGAGGGUAGGAGGGCUAUGGUUGCUGGCAGUCUGAGCCAUCUGCCUUAUUUUGAGGGACUCAGACUCAGACACAGCGCCACGGCUCAGUUCUCCGCAAUCUCCAACGGAACCGGCAUUCGCUUCAGUCGCAGCAGGAGGUUGGAUAACAAGUGUCACUACGCUUCUUACAACAUUUCCCUGGAGAGCAGCAGCUUCACCUUUGAUAACGGCAGCGUCAACACCACAUUCAUUCACACAUCCUGUCGCGACUGCAUACUGCUGAGCUUCGACGUGGAGUCUGGGAAGCGGCAGCAUUUUUACCUUUUCAGCAGCAGGAGGAAGCUGGAACAGGAGGAGAUCGAGGAGUUCAAGGCCCAGGUGGAGUGUUUUAACCUGCCCCCACCUGUUGUGAUGGAUCCGACCAAGGAUAUCUGCCCUGAACAGGCUUCAACUCCUUUGUCUUGUGAAAACUUGAUCCAACCUUUGGAUCAACUUCAGUUUGAUUCUCUGAAGGGCGGGUGGAGUUUAGUUUCGGCCAGCGUGGCCGACCCAGCGCAACUGGAGAGCCUGAAGCAACGAGACAGCGCAAGGGUUCUCUUUGCCAAUCACAGCGACAGCUCCAUGACCUUAACGCGCGUCUACGCUUCCGACGACAACUGCCAGUACACGCGGUCCAACAUCACACUGGAAGGCAGCGGCUUCAGCAUUUCUCAGUUCAAUGUCACCGUGACCGUCCUCCGAACCUCGUGCCCAGACUGCACCGUGAUGCGCUUCAACGACAAGGCCGACAAACCGGUCCGACUGUACCUGUUCAGCAAGAGGAGGGAAGUGGAGCCACAAGUGAUGGAGGAAUUUAAAGCCCUGGCUGAGUGUCUCAAGAUGUCCGCGCCCGUUGACAUGGAUCCUACCAAGAAGCUUUGUCCAGAAGAGAUCAUUUUCGCUGUUUUCUGUUUGCUCUCUGUGAGCCGUUCGACUCCUCUCGGCUGUGAAAAACUGGUUCUCCCUCUGGAGUCAAUGGUUUCCCAUCAUUUAAACGGUAGAUGGGCUUUGGUUGCAGGCAGUCUCAGCAACGCACCGGCCAUGAAGGCCCUGGGACAAAGAGACAGCAUCACCAUGUACUUCUCCAACUCCAGCGACGUUUCAACAUUUUCUUACACCCAGAUCAACCGCUUCGGUGAUGAGUGUCAGCACCUGGCCUACAACAUCUCGGUGGAAAACAGCACCUUCACCUUUGACGGGGGGAAUCGCUUCAAUCUCAGUGGAGCAUUCCUUCAGACUUCCUGCUCAGACUGCCUGGUGAUGAAGUGGAUUGUGCGGUCAAAGAGGAGGCAUUCUGUUGAACUGUACCUGCUCAGCAGGAGAAGGGAGAUAGAGUCAAGAGAGAUGAAGGAGUUCAGAGAUCAACUGGAAUGUCAUCAGCUGCCCGAGCCCGUUGUGAUGGAUUCAACGAAAGAGCAUUGUGAAGCUCGGACUGAGGAGGUGAGCGAUCAAAAAGCAGGAAGAACAAAGUAA